AGUACUACCGCUACUACUACUACUACUACUACCUACAAGGAUCAAGCGAGCGUUCGUCUGCGUCGUGUGCCGCGUACACGCACAACACCACCCUGGGUUAGCCAAAAGCCAAAAAAAACAGAGAGACCGGGCAAGAGCAUCCAAGAGAAUUUUUGGGCGGGUAGAAACAAAAAUCAAACCCAGUUGCGCGCAAAAAAACAAAGACAAGCAGAAGAGAGAGAGAGAGAGAGAAUUUGGGAGAUGUGGGAUGGAAGCAACAAGCACAUGAGCAGGUUGUGAUAAGCGUAUUAGGAACGGACAAAACAAGGUCAUAGCGCGGCCUAAUCAAGAUUGAGGAGGGGUCCCGUCUCGUUGGGGUUGCUAGUUUUACCUACAUGACCAGCGUUGCCAGCAGGAUUGCCACGCUCGCGCGUGGGCCUCCCACGGCCACCGCCGCCGCCGCACCGGCGAGGCGGUCAUUGCGGGUGGUCCAGCGCCGGCGGCCGUGGCGUGCGGGAAUGGGUGCUGCUCGCUGCUCUGGGUUUGCUUCUGGGGGCGAGGACACGAGGAUGGUGGUGAUCGUCGGCGCCACGGGCACCGGGAAGACGAAGCUGUCCAUCGACGCCGCCAGGGCGCUCGGCGGCGAGGUCGUGAACGCCGACAAGAUCCAGCUCUACGACGGCCUGGACGUGACUACCAACAAGGUGUCCCUCGAUGACCGCCGCGGCGUCCCGCACCACCUCCUCGGGGCCAUCCGCCCCGAGGCCGGGGAGCUCGCGCCGUCCUCCUUCCGGUCCCUCGCGGCCGCCACCGCCGCGUCGAUCGCGGCGAGGCGGCUCGUGCCGGUCAUCGCCGGCGGGUCCAACUCGCUCAUCCACGCCCUCCUCGCCGACCGCUUCGACACCUGCGCCGGUGAUCCCUUCUCCCCCGCCGCCGCCCGCCGCCACUACCGCCCGGCGCUCCGGUUCCCGUGCUGCCUGCUCUGGGUCCACGUCGACGAGACGCUCCUCGCGGAGUACCUCGACCGCCGCGUGGACGACAUGGUGGACGCUGGCAUGGUCGAGGAGCUCCGGGAGUACUUCGCCACGACCACCGCCGCCGAGCGCGCGGCGCACGCCGGGCUGGGCAAGGCCAUCGGCGUCCCCGAGCUCGGCAACUACUUCGCCGGGCGCAAGACCUUCUCCGCGGCGAUCGACGACAUCAAGGCCAACACCCGCGUCCUCGCCGUCGCGCAGGUGUCCAAGAUCCGCCGCAUGGCCGACGCCUGGGGCUGGCCCAUCCACCGCCUCGACGCCUCCGACACGGUCCGCGCCCGGCUGACGCGGGCAGGCUCCGCCGCCGAGUCCACCUCCUGGGAGCGCGACGUGCGCGGGCCAGGCCUCGCCGCCAUCCGGAGCUUCCUCGCCGGUCAGUCACCACCACCACAGCUCAGCGAGGGCGCCGCCAGCGCAAACAGCAAUGACAAUCGGUACGCCACCAUGGAGGCGGCACCUGCCGAGCUGCCAGCGCCGCUGCUCCGGUUGCCGCGGAUGCAGUACUGCGACAUGGUGGGGUGAGCGAGCUCGCACGCCGGCG